CAGUGCUUUCUGAAGGCAGUGUGUGCAUGUGAGCAACACCGCGUGAGCUGGUGAAGGAGCUUUGGGCAUGUGCGCGCGCGCGAGUGUGUGUGAGGAAACGAGAGAAAUGCUAGGGCACGCUCUGCCAGUUCUCUGCCUGCGGACACUCAGUGAUGUCAGAGCAGUUCAACAGAACAUUGUGUGUGCGUGUGUGUGUGUGUGUGUGAGAGAGAGAGAGAGAGAGAGAGAGCAGCCCUCGACAAUGAGAGUGUGUUUUUAUUUGAGUGUGGUUAUGUAUGAGGCAAUAGAUGUGAAGAUGAUACCAAGCAAAACAUGACGGAUCUGGCAUACAUGCACAUACACAGAGAACGGAAGAGAGAUAGAAAGAGGCACAGGAGAAGAAAAUGACUGUCGUCCAGUAACACAACUUCUUAUUUCUGGGAUUUACUCUGAUCAGACAUGCUGGACUAACCCUGGACACGCUGACCGGAGGAACCGCUAGAAACCAUGACAGGUGUGGUCUUUGCAUUAUCCAGCCUGUUAUUACUCCAGACGGCCUCCUCUUGCCCCAAGGAGUGCUUGUGUGACACUCACACCAAAGUGGUGGACUGCCGGGGACGAGGUCUUUAUGAUGUUCCACGUCAACUCAAUCAAGACACCCUGGAGCUGUAUCUCCAAAACAACCGUCUCCGAGGCCUGGGCUCCAUGUCCUUUCGAGAGACGCCACAACUUAAAAUUCUGGACCUGGCCAACAAUUCAAUCACAAUGCUCUCCACCAGUGCCCUUCUGGGACUCAGAAGCUUGAAGGUCCUCAGCCUGGCCAAUAACUCUAUCCGGGAAUUGGACCGGCGUCUUCUGGUUUCAGUAAGAAACCUAACCAUAUUGGACCUGUCCUAUAACACCAUCGGCGGUCUACCUGCCGCUUUUGCUGAGAGUUUCCACCAUCUUACCCAUCUGUCUCUCCAUUACAAUCGGCUGACUAAACUGGAGCGUAUACACCUGGAGGCUCUGGGAAACCUGAAAGUUCUGCAACUGAAGGGCAAUCCUUGGAGAUGUGACUGUAAUAUGAUAGGACUCAAGCUAUGGCUGGAGAUGUUUGCUUUCAAAGGUGGAGUGGUGGACAGCAUCACGUGCGUCCAACCUCAGCUCAUGCUGGACCGAGACCUGCGGCACAUUCCCUACGAGCUCUUCCACUCCUGCAUGAUCACCAGCUACAGCUACCUGUUCGCCAACAUCCACUACCUGGACGGCAAGCACCGCGCGCUCAGCGGACCGCUUCACCCGAGCCCUCGAGCUCCGUCCGGGAGCGACUUCAACCCGCCGGGAGAGGGGAUCCUGCCCGAGUGUGAGCCCAAGCAAAGACCCCGGCCUGCCAACUACCGGCACGCCAUCGCCACCGUGGUCAUCACAGGAGUGGUGUGUGGCAUCGUGUGCUUGAUGAUGUUGGCGGCAGCUGUGUACGGAUGUGCGUAUGCUGCAAUCAACGCCAAGUAUCAAAGAGAGCUGAAGCAGAAAGCCAAAGAAGCGGGUGUUGUAGAAGAGCGGAAAAACAUUGAAAGAGAGGAGAAGAAGGAACCGCUGGAGUGAUGCGAAGAUACAUGAAGGACACACUCCACAGUGGUGCAUCUAAGUUCCUUCGAGGCGAGUGCACUCGGCACCGUACUGGCGAUGUCCCCGGGCAGCUAUUUCUCUAGAUAUGCAAACACAACUCCUACCUAAAGGGGCAAGACGGAUGAUCAAGAUAGCAUAUGCUUCAAUGAGGCUAGAAGAACUGCAUUUUCAGGCAAACGCACACAUUUCUAGAAACAAUAGGUGAUUCUUCUGGCAAAAAGGCAGUUGGCUCUUCGUCAAUCCAAGCGAACACACAUUACGAGACUACAUGUCUUGUUGUUUAAGCUGUGUAUUGUUAGUGUCUGUAGGUUAUGUGUUUUUUUCUCCAUGUUACCUGCACUCGGAUAUCCCCAUUUAUUGGUCUUUCGACAGCUUCAAGGCAGAUUAUAUUUCCCCCAGUGCAUUAUGGGUCAGAAGUUUCCCGACGUUGGUGAAAAGGAACGCCACAGUUUUCUUUAGUCAUGUAGAACCAGUUUAAAGUGCUCAUUUCAUCUGCAUAGCCAACCAUGUUUUAUUGAAGCUCUCUCUCGAGUUCACACUGGUUUGAAGGCGAACAAAUGCCGUUUCCCGUCACACACGGCCUCAUUCAUAUAUUUUAUUUUUUUGGUUCUUUUUUUAAUUUCUGGGCUCGGCAACCUUUUUGUCAUGAAAAACACGACACACACAUUUUAUAAGUUCAUAAUGGCUUAAUUGAAAGAUCAACACACUUUACUACUGAAACGUGAUGACCAAUCAUUACUUAUUAUUAAAAAUAGUGUAGAACUUUAAAUAUUUUAUUUAUUUUUAAUAAUUUAUUUCAAUCAUGUCAUUAUUGCCAAAAUAACUCGCAAGAUGUAUGAUUUUCCGUCAUGUAAGCAAAGUCAACAGUUAUUACAAGAUGUUUGGUUUCAUUUCUAUUACAUAUGAUCUAAUCGAGGACUGGUCUAUUCGUGGGCGAUGGUUAAACGUAAUUUUCAAAAAUUACGCCCAAAUUCCGCGUUGUUUUAGCCAAGACAUCAGGCUGUGUUUGGGCAGCUUUAAAAUGCAAAGUUGCUUUCUGGGUUUACUUAGUCAAAUAUCGUAGUCUGUUGCACGUGUACCAUCGGUCUAGUUGAAACACAUAGCUUGUGAUUAGUUCUGUAAACUGGCCACAAACACACUGUCACAUAGUUCAGUUCUCCGAGUGUGUCCGUUUCCCUGCCCUCGUACAGUCUCUGGUGUCUCUAUCGUGUGUGUCGUGUCAGUACACUAAUGAACAUUGUCAAUUCCUCUGAGCUUUAGUGAGGCCAAAGAUUUAUGUGAACACAUCUAUAAAUGCAGUUAAAAGAAGCGUUUCAAUUGUUUAUGUUUAAUACAGGAGUCGACUGGGUUUUUUAAUAGCAGAAAUGACUUAGUAUUUCCAUAUAAACUAUACCAGAUUGAAAUGUUUCAUUUACAGUCUUCUGCCUAAUUUAUUAAAUGUAUUGCCUUAUCAGUUCAUAAUAUGGUCAUCAUGUAGGCAGAUCCUAAUAUCAGUGUCUUAAGUGUUAUAUAUAUAUAUAUAUAUUGUAUAAGCCUCACUGUAAAUAUUCAGGUAGAAACCCAACGAGAUUCUGAGCUCUUGGGAAAUGCUGGAAUAUCCAAGAUUAUAUAAAUGUGCAUAUGAAGGGUUGAUCUGCGUUAUAUAACAUCCGCACACACAGCCGAGCAAUAAUUGGUUAGUUGACGUGAUACACGCUGGGAAAGCUGACAUGAUAUACACACUACACACACUGCACAUCUAGUGCUCAUUCUUUUAUAUUAUCAUAAAACCUGUUUUAAAUGGAGAAUAUACUGAAUAUUCAUUCUUUAAAAAAAUCUUCAGUCAAUCAACCAUUUAAAAUCAACCAGUGAAGGGAAAGCGGAGCAUUUGCACACCAUACACACACACACUAGCAAAAUCUCAAUAAAUAUGAAUUUAAUGUCAAGCAAUUGAAAUCAGUUUUGAUUAUAGAUAUUCUGUAAAGUGGAGGACACACACGCACACAAAUGUCCCAGUUACACAAGAGCGUUCUGUCAGGCUGCAUUAGAGUGUGUGUGUGUGUGUGUGCUAUCAUGAGCACGUGAAACUGAGAAACAACAUGUGCUUUCUAUUAUUAUUCUGUAUCAACCAACACUCACUGAGCCAGAACCUUCAUUUAGUCAGAACUGUGUAACGUGUGUGUGUGUGUGUGUGUACGUGUGGAGACAUGUUGUAAUAUUUCUAUGUUCAAUUUAUAUUUAUUAGAGCUUGAUAUUGCAGCCUAAGAAUAAAGUAGAAGAUACAUAGAAUUUAAAAUCUAUAAAAUAAACAGCAUGAAAUUCUAUAUAGAACAUGAUUUUAGUCGUGUGUGUGUGUGUGUGUGUGUUCUCCAGCAAAACACUGAAUCAUGAGCAGUAGAGGGUGAAAAUCUGUCUGUUCUACUUCAUUUCUCUGUCAGUUAUAACAUGAAUCACUUGUGCAUGAGUGUGUGUGUGUGUGUGUGUGUGCUCCUCCAGGCGUAUGUUCUGACAUCUCUCUCUCUGCGUUAUUUUAUUUCCCUUCAUUUGUCUAGCGUCUCUCUCGCUCUGCUCAUGUGUUUAACCCUCAGAAACACAGCGACCGACGGAGGGCGUCCUCUAAGAUCAGCCGUGAUGUGUGUGUGUGUGUGUGUG